GGGACUGGGUAUUACGAGUGAUUAACCUGAAAGCACGGAGUGCUUGUAGUGAAGCAUUCCAGCGGCGUUUUCAAGCAAAGGCGAAGAUCUUGUGCGGGGAUGGUGCGGAAUCGAGCGUCGCCGCAGAACGUAAUGGCUUCAAGUGAUACAAUUCAGCGAGAAUGUCUGUCGCGCUGGGCUGACCGAAGUUGAUCAAUGUGGCCUCUUGGUCACUGAGCCUGCCUACGAAGCUCUGAAACGGGGGACGUGGGUCAGAUUCAGCGUGCGCAAGUUCCUUGUGCUGUGCAAGUGACCUAUCUCUACAGAGCUGUGUCAGUACAUUGUUUGUCACACUUUGGAUGUGGUUGUCGGGAACAAAAUUUUAGCUUCUGAUUUAUGUGAAAUUUUGCCUUGCAAGCAGUAAUGAACUCACAUUUGUUAAACGUGCAUUUUACAUUAUAGUGCACACUUAAGAAGCUUUUACAUUCUGAUGUCAAGAUUCAAUAAGUGCUUCCAAUCGGAAGAAGGUUCACGCUCAUAAGAUGAUCGUCUGCGUCGGUCCCAAGGGCUCUGGCAAAACAGCGCUUCUGAAAUGCCUAGAGCAGCGUCUGACAGGUAAGGGAAGAAAUGUUGAGUUGCGGGACACGCGGCCGACGAUAGGUGUCAACAUGACGCUGCUGAAAAUUUCUAAGAACAAAAUGUGUCAGGUGCGCGAAGUGGGCGGUGAAAUGGCGCCAUUUCUGCACCAACAGACUACGGACGCCACGGGUCUUAUGUUCGUGGCCGAUUCUUCGAACGUGUUCCAGUUCGGUGAGACUUAUGUCACACUUCUGGACCUGCUCACCCUCGAGAACCUAAAGAAUGUCCCCUUCUUGUUGGUCUUUAGCAAAACUGACGCCAACCAGGCCGUUCCAUUGGAGGAGUACAAGGAUGCGAUGAGGCUUGCCGAUGUGCUUAGUGCUGCUGCACAGGACAUAGCAACAGUGGAAACAAGCUCUUUGACGGGUUACGGCAUGGACGAGAUUAUUGAGUGGCUGUCACGCAUUCCGACAGGCUGACACUAAGCACUGAAACCGCCCUUUAACUAUGCCCAUUCGUUGGCAUGUUGGUUGUCGAGCACCUCUCAUUAGACACAGAAGCCGUGUUAGCUGAGUGCUUGUAUUAUGCAUCAUGCGCAGCAGCACAGCAGCCAUUGGGACAUUAGGAUGAUUUGUGUGGAAUGAAUGCUCUUUGAUGAGUCACAUGAGUCAUUUGCGUACAGGUCAUGAUGAUUCCAAAGAAUGGCUCAUUGUGCUCCUGUAUAUGUUUAUAUACAUAUUUAUGCAUACCUUUUCCUCAGCUGUGCGCAUCCUCCCACUGUCCCGUCAGUACUUGUACUGGUAACUGAUACCCUGUGAAAUUUCCAGUCACAUUACGGUUGGUCUGUGCUGAUUCAUGUGCGGUUCUUUGGCGUCACCAUAAACAGGUUGUGCAUACUUGUAACAUGUUGAACAGUCACAUAUAACUUGAUUAUGUCUACUUUGUUGAUGACCUCCUACAAGGCUAACGAACACGCAAGAACAUGUUUCUGUUGCACCAUAACAGACUGAUCUGACCCGUCUAGAUGCUGCUUGAAAUCUUAUGUCUUUGUUUGCAUACAAUCGGGAGAUCCGUACUUUUACUGUGCUCUUAAACUACUGUCAUGUCUCAAAUUUGUUUGCAACGUCAUGUGCAGAACCUUUAAAACGAUUUCAUUCUAUAAGCACCCCAUGAUGUCUGGCAUGUAUAUACAUAUAUAUUUUUUUUCAAGUACACUAAAAUGUGUAAAGGUGUGCGAACUGCUGCUUGAUUUGUCACAGUAGUGAGUCACAUUUCUGGACAUUGCAAAGAUUUCCAAUGUUUGGCACUUCCGUACGUGCACUCUUCACAGAUUUAGCACUAUAGUAUUUAUUUGCUCUUGUGGAGAAUAAGAGAUGUUGUACUUGAGGAACAAAUGGUAAAGUGGCACAUUUGAAAUGGCUGUCUGACCAUGGUUACAUGCCCUAGUCAUGUUAUUUAACACGACAGUUUCACAGUAACAUGGAGGCUUGAAUUGGUCAAACAAAGGAUGCCCGAGGCCAGAGCCAACAUUUCAACAAAGGCACUUGUCCCCUUGUUGAAGCAUUGGCUUCAGCCUGAGACUUUCCUUGUUUGGCUUGUAUUGGUCACUGCUAAUCAUGUCAUAUUAGAAGGUUGCACAUUGCACUUGUCGGUACAACAUACUGAGGUCUUUGGCGUAGUGCAUCCGACACUGGGUGUGCUACACCUAAGGCUUCAGUAUGUCAUACCAACAAGCCCAAUGUGCAACCUUAGUGAAGUUCAUUUUUAGUUCAGCAGGCCCUCUUGUUCAUUAGUUGCCAUGCGUGUGUGUAUGCUCUGUGUCGCUUUUUGUCCAGUAUCGGGUAAGCUACGACUAAGGCUCCAGUAUGUCAUGUCAGAAAUAGUGUGCUGCUCUGACCAUAAUGCACCAAUGCACUUCCUGAAAGUGCCCUCCUUUUUUUUUAUUUACAAGAAAAGAUCAUAAGCGAAUUAAUCAUGUCAUACUGUUUUUGUUUAAGCAUACAGAGAAUACACAAACAGAAAAAGUUAAACAACUUCACGUUGAAACGAAUGUCCUCUAAACUGGCACAGGAGGGUGACACAAAAAUUUUACAAUGAAAAGCAAACAAAAAAUUGUUUAAGUUCUUUCGUCAUUGUUUUAGGCUCUAGGUAAAUUAACCUUUGACAAUUUGUGAGGGCUAACAGCAAAAAAUUUCGUGAAUUAGUUGCCGAUGCGUAUGACUGAAUGACUAUAAAGUAUUUAUUUGAAGGUUUUGUGUAUCCAGGAAACCAUAAACUGCAGUACCUCUCGCAGCCAGACUGUGGCUUUGGAAUGUACAGCCGAUAAUUUUUUUUCUUAUGACUAAGCAGGGCAUCUUAUCUCUAGGCAGUAUCCUUAGGUGCAAACAAACCCAAUUUCCCUUUUUCCUGCAUAUAUUGUGUUCUGAAAAUGUCUAUGAGUCUGAAUGCUUAUACAUAAAAACCUUCUUAUAAAAACUAUACUAUACAUAUAUUGAGACACUCAUGUAAAUAGAUUGUGUGUGCUUGCAAUUGUUAUGUUUUGGAUUGUGGUUACUGCUGUUUGGCUGGCAACACACUGCAUAAACAUCACAGUGUCCAUUAUUUUCUGUUAUGUCAAAAGUUGCAGUAUUGAAAUAUGGCUUCAAUUUUGCAAUUCAUAGAAUGCAAGCACUGACUUUUGAGCAAACAAAUAGUCAAUUUCCAUAUAGGAAGAAGUGCAGAAAUUUGCGCACAAAGAAUUGUGGCAGAACCAAUCUCACGAUGACUGCCGAGGUUAAUGCGUUAGUAUUGAGUCAGUGUAGCAACAGAGCGUAUUGCCACCGUCGAAACAAGUUAUGCAUGAGGCGUGUACUGUAGUGGCAUACCUCGUUCACAAUUCCUAAGAAUACUCGACGCCAUCUAGUGCCGCCACUGCGAAGCCUGCGUGUGGCCUUCACGAUGCAAUGGCGCGCCAGUGCGUGCCAUUGUGCGCCUGGACACGUAGCGACAUCUAGUGGCAUUGCUGAUAAGUCUGCACGUGGCUUCCGAAACGAGAAAGGAAGGCUCUACUACAGGAGUCCAUUCCUAGCAUCCUUCCUCCCAUUCCCAGAGCAGCAAAUGUUCUCAUCCACAAGGCAAGAGCUAAGGCAUCCAUUACAGCGGAUGUUCUGAGCAAGUGAAAAGGAACACAAGUGGGAUGCCCCAAGUAUCCUACCUACGAUCGACGUCGAUCUCAAACAUUUGGUCUGGUCCUGACCUGCCACAGCCAGCCUCGGGGCCAAGCAUACCCGACCUCUAAGGGUGGCAUCAUACGACGACUGCAUCGCACCACAAGGAGACACCACCAGAAAAAUUUAUGCUUUGCUAUGCUUUGCUAAGGAGGCAGGCAUCCUUCCUUUCACCUGAUCCUUUACCCCCAUCUUAGGCCACAGGCCAUCCUUUCUAACAAAAGUUUCAAUCAAUCAGACAAGAAGCAUGGCGAGCUAUUGCCUGCCAAUGAAUUGUUCUCUCGCUUUCCGCGCACUCAGUGGCACAUACUCGGUGAGCGAAGUUGGUGAGAGGUUCAUUGAAGAGCGGCGCGUAUCUAGUGCAUUUGUGGUGCAGCCUGCUAAUGCGUCUGGUUGCUGUCCUUGAGGAACCCUUGUGACAUGGGUGCGAUUCCGCUGGGCAUCGGAGGGAUUUAGGGGAUCUAUUUCGUGAUUGUAGAGAGGCACAUUCCCAGUGGCACAUACUUAGUUACCCAAGUUGGCGUCAAAGACGUUCAUUGAA